AUGAGUGAGUGCGCCCCGAAACUGGCCAUCACGUCAGCUGCACCGCGAGCCGUCGAAUUAAUCCACAGCGCUGAUACAGUGUUAUUAUUUCUAGAAACACACAUGCAUGUCGCGAGGCUGCUCGCGCUGAGCCUGGGCAGCGCCGCCGUUGCCCGCGCUUACGCGGUCCCAGAAGUCAUCUUCUCGCCCGAGACAUCUGGCAUCCGCGGCGCCGUCGCCUGCGAAGCGAGCGAAUGUAGCGCCAUUGGCCGGGACAUUCUCGCCGCCGGUGGCAACGCCGUCGAUGCCAUUGUCGGCACCACGUUUUGCGUCGGCGUCGUCGGCAUGUACCACUCGGGUAUUGGCGGUGGCGGCUUCGCGCUGGUGCGCGACGCCAAGGGAAACUAUGAGGCGGUGGAUUUCCGCGAGACGGCGCCCGCGGCCGCGUACGAGGACAUGUACGGCGAAGACGAGCGGCUGAGCAUCGCGGGUGGCCUGGCCGUCGGCGUGCCGGGCGAGGUGCUCGGCCUCGAGUAUAUUCAUCAGAAAUACGGGGUCCUCGAGUGGCGGGAUAUUAUGCAGGGCGCCAUUCGUGUAGCAAGAAAUGGCUUCAGAGUAUCCGAUGAUAUGGUGGACAAGAUGAAUGCCACAAUCAAGAAUGGCAAGACGUACCUGCUGGAUGACCCCAUCUUUGCAGCCGAGUUUGCCCCGAAGGGGCGUCUGCUGAGGAAGGGAGAGGUUAUGACUCGCAAGAACCUUGCCAGCACUCUUGAGAGAAUCGCCAACGAGGGCUCCAAGGCCUUUUACUACGGCGAGAUCGCCGAGAACCUCGCCAGCUUUGUGCAGUCGCGCAACGGCACCCUCACCGUUGCCGACCUCGCGUCCUACACCAUCACCGACCGGCCCGUCCAGGCCGUCCGCUACCGCGGGCUCGACGUGCACGGCAUGUCGUCGCCCGCCAGCGGCGCCGUCGCCCUGCAGAUGCUGCGCGUGCUUGAGCGCUUCCCCGCGUCCGGCUGGCGCGACGAUCGCAACGUGACGGUCCACCGACUCGCCGAGGCGCAGCGCUUCGCCUUUGCGUACCGCGCGAACCUCGGCGACCCCGAGUUUGUCGAGGAGCGCGACGUCCUGGCGUACGAGCGCGACUUUCUCUCGGACGCGACGGUGGAUCGCAUCUACCAGGGCAUCCGCGACGACAAGACGAGGCACCCGAGAGAGUACUUUCCGCGCGAGGAGGACGUUGCGGCGCUGCCGGAGAGUCACGGCACCUCGCACAUUUCGGCGGCCGACGGCUCUGGCAUGGCCGUGUCCCUAACGACGACCAUUAACAUUUACUUUGGCGCACAAAUCAUGGAGCCCAAGUCGGGCAUCAUCCUCAACGACGAGAUGAAUGACUUUUCCAUCCCCGGCAUCAGCAACGAGUUCGGCUUCGCCCCCUCGCGCGCCAACUACAUCCAGCCCCGCAAGCGGCCGCUCUCCUCCAUGACGCCGCUCAUCGCCACGCACCCCAACGGCACCCUCUACGCCGUCAUUGGCGCCGCCGGCGGCUCUCGCAUCACCACGGCCACGGCGCAGUGCCUCUGGCACGUCGUCGAGCACGGCAUGACGCUGCGCGAGGCCCUCCGCGUCGGCCGCGUGCACGACCAGCUCGUGCCCAACCGCCUCACGCUCGAGACUCUCUUCCCGGACCUGGAGGGCACGGAACAGGCGAUGCGCGCGAGGGGCCAUGACGUGUUCGUCGUCAAGCCGGGGCAGAGCGCGGUGCAGGCGAUUCGGAGGCGCGAGGACGGGUCGUUUGAGGCGGUGGGCGAGCCGCGGCAGGCCAACAGCGCUGGGUAUAGCAUCUAG